AAGGGGAGUGUACCUGUGCCUGUUAUAGAAACCAAGGAUUCAGAGGUCAGCAUGUAGUGGGUAGAAUUUGAGACACUGACGUUAAAGGACAUGAGUACUCAGUCUCUAAUUGGAGCCCAGGAUAAUCAGUCAACCACAACAGGGGCAUCACCAUCUCUGAUUAGUCCCCAGACUCAUCAACUGAGCCUUGAAACAGCAGAAGAGUCUGGCACUGGUUCACACAUUGAUGUAUCAAGCUCAAAGGGGGCUCUUCCAUUUAUAAAUGGUGGCCAGACCAUUCAAACAAACACAGCUGAAGCUCUGAAAAAAGAGGCCCUCAGUCUUCGAAAGCAAGUUGAGAGCAUUAAGAGGGAACGUGCAGCCAUGGAGAUAGAGGUGGAUAGCCUAUGCGGCCCUGGGGCUCCCUGUAGGGCCAGACUUGAAGCCAUGGAAGUAGCCCAUCAGAAAGCAUUGCAGGAGCUGCAGGAGAAACAUGAGAGGGAGAUCAGGGAGCUGGAGGAAGAGAGAGACAGGAUGCUGCAGGAUGAGAGGCGGGCAGUUGCUAAAGCUGUGGAGGCGCUGAGAACAGCACACAGAGAGGAGCUGGAGAGAGUGGGGGAGAAGGCCAGGAGGCUGUCUGGAGGAGCUGCAUCCAUGGAUACUUCAUACAGAGGGCACAUGCCGCAGGCGGACGUCUUGCACAGUGAGUUAGAUGUGCUGUCACAACACUACUCUCAGAAGUGCCUGGAGCUGAGCUGCGCUGAGCAGAGUAGCAACAGCCAAGUGACUGAGCUCGGCCGCAAGGAGAUAGAGCUGGAGCAGCUCCGCAGAGAAAACCAGGAGCUAAAGGCUAAACUGGCAGAAGAGACCAGCCGUUUGCGUUAUUUCAUCACAGGGCAGAAGUCAGACAUGGCAUUGCUUGGCAACAGUGAGCGCACUACAGCAGAAGUAGAGAUACUGCUAAGAGCAAAAGAAAAUGAGGUACAGUAUCUGAAAAAAGAAAUCAGCUGUCUGCAGAACGAAGUGCAGUGUCUUAAGAAGGAGAAAGAAGCAGCUUAUGAACGGUAUAAGGAGGCCUAUGUAGAGCUGAGUGACACCAAGGGUCGCAAUCAGCUGAAGAUGGGAUCCCUUAACGAACACUUGAGACUGGCCAGCGCUGCACUUCAGGAGGGAACAAGACAACAAGGACCUGACCAAUGAGGACAACUCUAAAACAUUUACUUUGAAAAAUAAAGACAAGUCAGUAGAAAGUAUUACAGAAUGUAACAACACCACCAUUAUAUUAAUAUAAUACUAAUAAUAAUAUUAAGUGUUGUUUAGAUUCUAGUUGAAUAUGAUUUAGAGGUGUCAG